CUCUCGCCUGUCGACUGUCAGCUGCUCCUGCCGCCAGCUGGUCCCCGGCACAGGCCUGACACUCUGCCAUCUCUCAGCGGCUUUGGUUGUUCCAGGGGCAGCAGAAUGAAAGAAGGCAUGUCCAAUAACAGCACCACCAGCAUCUCCCAAGCCCGGAAAGCUGUGGAGCAGCUGAAGAUGGAAGCCUGCAUGGACAGGGUGAAGUUGCAGGACUUCUCCUGGUCACAUGAGUUCCCAGGUAGCUGGUCUACAAAAAGAGUGUGCUGGCCCAGCAGACAAGAACUUUCCAGGCCACCUUCCAGGUGUCAGAUUCCUAAAAAGCCUCUGGAGGAAAGCUAUGAAAAAAUCAGGAGGCAUGCAGGUUUGUGGAAGAAACCAGCUAACCGGUUCAGAGAAAUACUUUCACUGCCAGUUUUAUGGUCCAAAAUGCAGAGUGAGACCCGAUUACAUCUCAGGAAAAUUCCCAGGGCAGCGAGGAGUUGGCUGAGAUGCAAUACCCAUAAAGUCCUCUCUGGCGGAGAAAAGAAAAGGAUAGGAACCUUCAGCCUGGGCAGAAUCUUCAUUCCGUCCCCAGCAGAGAAAAUCAGGUGCUUCCAUCUUCCGUGCUGCCCCCUGGUGGCAGCAAGAGCAGGCCUGGCAUCGGCACAUGCUCUCCCGGAUGUUAGUUUUUGGAGCCAAGUACAAAAUCUUUGGGUGUCCCUCCAGCACGGCUGUUCUGUCUGUCUGCGGUCGGGGAGCCAGGGAGGGGCUGCGCUCCCAGGACGGGGCCAGCCUCUGGAUCCGGUUUGCUGCGUUUGGCCAGGUCCUCAUUGUGAGCCUUGCGGAUGUGCCCGUACGGGUCCCCUGACUGCGUGUAGCUGCGCAGGCUGUAGCGGCACUCGUAGGGUCGCUCCCGCGUGUGCACUGUGGCGUGACGCCGCAGUGUGUAAGAGCAUGAGAAGGUCUUCCCACACGUCUUGCAAGUAGGAACAUCUUCAGUAAAACCCCCAAAGCUUCCUGGGGCUGUUUCACACUCAGAAGGCAAGUAGAGUGGCUCAUGCAGGCCGGGUGGAGCAGGCAGGGGCGAGGUCACCAGUCCUCGAUGAUACUGCCCUGGACCUGGCAGCAAAUGGUAGGGUAGGUGCGAAUCUGGCGGCAGGAAGUGGUCAUUGGGCCCCACCUCCUCCAAUCCUGCUGCCGUGGCUCCUCAAAGGCCUCUGGCUGGUGGGGGCUGGCCACCAUACAUGGCUCCUCCAGGAGGGAAGAGUCCCUGACAAUAGUAUUUAGAAGAAUUAAAUGAGGCCAGACAUAUAAUGGGGCUUCCCCGGUGGCUCAGUUCAGUUCAGUUCAGUCACUCAGCCAUGUCUGACUC